CGGUGACUAACAGUAUACACGUAGCUGCGACACGCAGCAUAGCAAAAUCAACAGCUAGCCCGUUGAAAUGCCCCCCGGAGCCCUCGACCCACCCCUCAAUACUCGUCCGUGGGAGCACAUUGUUGUUUUACUUCACUGGUAGGACUGAGUGGAGACGGAAUGUGUCCAGUAAAAUGCCGACUUUUUGAGUUUUAUUCCGCCGUUUCGCUCGGCGCAGCGAGGCAGAAGCAGCGGGUCUUUUUCCAAAGUUGACGGUUAGCAGCAGGGCGCGUGUGAAGGAUCGGACUUAAAGGAGCAGUACACCCCGCUGCAGCCUCCCAACAUGGAGAAGCAGCAGAGCGAUCUGGACCGCGACAGACAGGUCUGUGAACUUUGUGGAAGAAUGGAGAACCUUUUAAAGUGCGGUCGGUGUCGGAGUUCCUUCUACUGCAGCAAAGAGCACCAGAAGCAGGACUGGAAGAAACACAAGCUGAUUUGUAAGGAGGCGGACAAGCCGAAACAGAAGCCUGGAGACGGUCCGUCGGCGGGGGACAGCAGGAAACAACGAGAAAAUAAAACCACGGAGCAGGGGGAUUCUGCAACCGUACCCCCAACUCCAAACACAGAAGCACCUGCUGACGGGGAUGGACAGGGAGAACUAGGGUCCAACACCCCCACCACGCCUAAUGGCCAGACCAGCCUCUCUCCUCAGAAACUCGCAACGGAGUGCAUCGUCCCCUGCAUGAACAAGCACGGCAUCUGCGUGGUGGACAACUUCCUCGGAGCAGAGACCGGACUGGGUAUUUUGGAGAACGUCAAGUCUCUGUACAAGACGGGCAGGUUCACAGACGGCCAGCUGGUGAGCCAAAAGAGCGACUCCAUUAAAGACAUCCGAGGGGACAAAAUCACGUGGAUAGACGGGACAGAGUCUAACUGCGAGAAGAUCAGCUUCCUAAUGAGUCGGAUGGACGACUUAAUCAGACACUGUAAUGGCAAACUGGGGAACUACACUAUAAACGGAAGGACAAAAGCAAUGGUAGCCUGUUACCCUGGGAAUGGAACAGGUUAUGUGCGCCAUGUGGAUAACCCCAACGGCGAUGGACGCUGUGUCACAUGCAUAUAUUACCUUAAUAGAGAUUGGAAUGCCAAGGAACACGGCGGCCUGCUGCGAAUCUUCCCUGAAGGAAAGGCCCAGUUCGCUGAUAUAGAGCCAAAAUUUGACCGGCUGCUCCUCUUCUGGUCAGACAGGCGAAACCCCCACGAGGUCCAGCCCGCUUUCUCAACAAGGUAUGCCAUCACGGUCUGGUAUUUUGACGCAGAUGAGCGUGCCAGAGCUAAAGAAAAGUACUUAACAGGUGCAGGAGAAAAGGGAGUAAAAGUCGAACUCAACAAAUCAUCGGAUCCCAGCUAGUAGGACGACUGCAAACAUCCGUUAAGUGCUCUAUCCUAAGAAAGUGGCCUACAGAGAUCAUAUGUGCAACUGAAAAAUCUCAAUUUACAUAAUAAAAGACAAAAUAGGAGUACAGAAAUCAAAUAUACUUUACACUUAAUCUGGACAGUGAAUGUCAUAACAUUGUACUGAAAGGGAUUGUAUGCUUUUUUUCUCCUCUUAUUAACAGAGUAUGCAUCUACAGUGCAGCUGAGCUGACUAACAACAAGCAAAAAAAAAAGCUUUAGAUCCUCAUAAUUUGUUGAUUUCUUAAAGGUACAGUGUUUUGCUUUUCAUGUUAUUUUCCUCACAUCAGAUGGUUUCAUAGGAAAGCUUAAUCAUCCAUGUCAGUUUUCAGUGAGUUCAGGAAUUAUGGACAUAAAAAGACAACUAAUCUCUGCCAGAACUGCAUUGGUUUUAAAUCUGCAGCUUCAGAUUUUAAUGGCCUUGUGUUUUUUUGUCUCACUUGGUAACAUGAACUGUUUGGAGCUGCAGAAACUUACAUAAACAUCAUGACUGAGUGGGAUGCAGUGAGACCUGCUGUGAUCCCCUCAGCAGAAAGUAGAGUGCGCCCUCUGCAGUACACUUGUGUAUAGCACCUUUAUGCUUGUGCCAAUUUUUUUGUUUUUAUUUUGGACCUCUGGAUGAAAAUAAUUUGCUGCUGCCGUGGCCAAAUCUCUUCAGGUCUCAACUAGGCAUGGGCCGGAGUGAGAUUCACACGAUGUGAUAGAGAUGACUGAAAAUAUCACCACUUCUUUUUAACAAAACAAAAAUACAGUUGUUUUCAAAAUAAUAGCAAUGUGUCUUAGGAAGUGUCUGUUUUCAUAAAUUAAUCUGCAGGGUUUUUUUAAGCAGUUACUCUAAGAACAGAAAAUACUUGAAGAUUUAGCUUUCCAAUGAGCUCCUGAGCUAAUAUUUAGCUACGAGUUGAUCAACCUCACACCUGUGAACAAGAUGAUUGACUACAUCACAUGAUUCGUUUAAAUUUAAAGUUGCAUUAUGUAACUUUUAUAAAAAAUGUUACAACUUUCACCGUGUUUGGACAGUAUAAUAUUAGAUGGAUAAUCUGUGAAAAGAUCAAUUUCCUCCACCAAAAACAACCAAUUAAAGGGAGGAGGGUCUUAGCGCUGUCAAUCAACCCAAAGUACUCAUUGUUCAAUGUGCAGAAACAGCCUGUUGUUACUGUAAAAUUGUUCAUCCAUGUCAUCAGUGGCUAUGUUAACUAGCCUAGCAUUCACAACAUGCUAUGCUAGCUGAAAUGUAGCAUGUUGGGUGAACGACAGCACCAAGACACGUCUCCUCAUUCUGAUUGGUUGGUUUUAUGUAGCACUGGGAAAUGCUACAUAAAACUUGUUUUUUCACAGAUUAUCUGUUACAACAU